GGCAGUUGAGCGCGCGGUCUAGGCUUCGAUGGAGCUGCUAGUGCAAAAAAAGAGCUGUGCCGGUCUCCAGUUAUUUCGGUGGAAACGUUUUUUGUUUAUCGCACUGUAAAAAAUAAUAAUCACUGUAAUUAUUUUGUGAAGGACACCGUUGUCGAAAUGGAAACCGAAAAUAAUCUCCAAAAACGAUCGGUUGUGGUUUUCUGUGUGCGUGAGUACAAAGUUCCAACACAAGAGUGCGCGAAUGUAUCCCCUCCACAUAUCUACUGACUCUAUGCUUUCCUUGGCGCGUGCCGAUUUGCCGAUUCAGUUUCACAACAUUCUUGGCAUUCAAACAGGCAACGUGCUUUGUACUUUGUAGGUUAGGUUUUCUACAUGCUGUCUCAAGCUCACGUGGAUUGUAAUAAUUAAUCAUUCGUUUUUAGUGUGGUGAUGGUGAAUGGUGCACGACAAAAAUGUCAACAACAAAAGCAGAUAGUUCAUCAAAUAGUGGAGCUACAGGAGGUGUACAGCUACAAAAAAAGUUGGGUCUUUUGGACGGUGUAGCUAUUAUUGUUGGAAUAAUAGUUGGAUCAGGAAUUUUUGUUAGUCCCAAAGGUGUUUUAAUUAGAUCAGGGUCUGUGGGUUUAGGACUUGUGAUAUGGGUAUUGUCCGGCGUUUUGUCUGUGGUCGGUGCACUUUGCUAUGCUGAGCUUGGCACUAUGAUUCCAAAGUCAGGCGGUGACUAUGCCUACAUAAACGAGGCGUUUGGGGCGCUGCCGGCCUUCCUCUACCUGUGGGUGGCUCUGCUGGUGAUUGUGCCCACUGGCAAUGCCAUCACGGCGCUCACCUUUGCUGAGUACAUUGUCAAGCCGGCCUGGCCUCACUGCGAUCCGCCUUACGAGGUUACCAGGCUCAUUGCCACUCUCAUCACCUGCUUGCUGACGGCGGUGAACUGUUACGACGUGAAGUGGGUGACGCGAGUGCAGGACUUCUUCACAGCGACCAAGGUGCUGGCUCUGCUGAUGAUCGUGGGUGUGGGUGUGUGGGCGCUGCUGGUCGACUCACACACGCAGAACAUCAGUCAGCCAUUCGAGGGUAGCAACACCAGUCCAGGCGCCAUUGCGCUCGCCUUCUAUUCGGGGUUGUUUUCUUAUGCUGGAUGGAACUACUUGAAUUUCGUGACUGAAGAACUGAGGGACCCAUACAAAAAUCUUCCACGUGCCAUCAGCAUAUCAAUUCCCCUUGUGACUGUGAUCUAUUGCCUUGUCAACUUGGCCUAUUUUGUCAUUCUUCCAAAAGUAGACCUGCUUUCUUCCAAUGCUGUGGCUGUGACGUUCGCGGACCGUGCGCUGGGCGGUUUCGCUUGGUCGAUGCCCACGUUCGUCGCGUGUUCGACGUUCGGCGCAUUGAACGGCGCGAUUUUUGCUUCGUCGCGACUCUUCUUUGUCGGCGCGCGACAAGGACAUCUGCCCAAGGCCAUUGCACUCAUCAACGUCGACACUUGCACGCCCGUGCCUUCGCUCAUAUUUCUGUGCAUAGUGACAGUUGUACUGCUUUUCAUUGAGGACAUCUACAUGCUGAUCAACUACGUGAGUUUUGUGGAGGCGCUGUUCACUCUUAUCUCAGUGUCGGGUCUGCUCUGGCUCAGGUACAAAAUGCCUGAUCGACAUCGGCCCAUCAAGGUGAACAUCCUGCUGCCGAUAGCAUUCUUUGUGAUCUGCGUGUUUCUGGUGACGCUGCCGGUGUUGGAGCGGCCACAGGAAGUGUGUGUCGGCCUCAUCAUCACCCUCUCAGGCAUCCCGGUUUACUACAUAUUCAUCGAAUGGAACAAGAAGCCGCAGUGGAUACAGAAGACAUCCAAUUAUUUGAACUCAACCUGUGCAAAAAUGUUUAUGUGUGUUCUGGAAGAAGGCAUGGUCUACAAACCAAUGCUGGAGAAAAAACAGGAGAAUGAUUAAAAUCAUAUUGAUGUAACUCUACCACCAGCUAUGUGGCAUCAACACAUAUUAAUAUAUUAAUUUGAUACUUCAUUUCGAAAAUGCAAUAACUAUUGUACCAUAAUGCAUUCCAUGAGUUGAGGAUAUCAUAGAGAAUGUCUUCCAAUCUAUAGAAAAAACGAAAUAAAAUGUUUAUUUGUAAUAUAUGAUACCAAAUUAGGGAAUACAGUAUAUCAUACCAUACCGUAACAUUCCAUAAUAUUAUAUUUUUUGUCAAAGUUUGGAACUUUUUAUGUAUAACUGAUAAUCGAGACUAAUGAUUACGGUAUGAAUAUUGUCACCUCAAUUAUCCUGUAAAACGGGAACCCUAUUUUAUGCAUCUUUUUUUAUAUAUUUAUUGUAGUUCUAAAUGAUGGUUGAAAUUUGAACAUUAACUCACUUUACUUUUAAAACGGUUACAUUCCUUCCGUAACAUUCCAAACAGCAAUACGAAAUUAUUAUCUACGUGUGGGAAAAAUAAAAAUUAAUAUUUAUGAAGACCAAGUAGCGGGUUUCACAACCUAAAAGUACAAUAAAUUAGUAUUCGAAACCGUAUUCUGAUACGUAGGUAGGUAAUGUAUUUUUAAAACAACUUAAUUGAUCACUUCUGUAAUUUUUUUUUCAAUUUCGGUACACUACGUUUAGGGUUAUCAGGUUUUGUAAUGUUCGAUUGUUUGUACCUACAUAAUCUGUUGAGGGCUGCUAUUUUACACCCAUAUAUUUUUUGAGAAGGCAUAGGAUACAGAAAAUAACGUAUAAUAUCACGAAUAAAAGCAUUGAAAAGCAAUAAUUAAUAAUAAUAAGCAAUAUGAGCUACUAGAUUUGAAAUUGUAUUUAUAAAGACAAUCGUAUAUUGUAAAAUAAUAUAGUUUAUUACGAUCUCAUUAUUUUCAAUGGAGAAGUCAUACAAGUUAACGUUUGAAACGUUUUCCAGUGCCAGAGAGUGCCUCAUAAAUUAUUAUUCACUUAUGAAUAUAAUGGCUGAAAAUCCAUAUAUGAACUAUAUAAAAUCUUUUGAAAAAAUAUUAUAUAAAUUGUACCUUGUGUGAGGAAACUCGCAGCAUACAGACAAUAAUUUCAUCAAUAACUGUUACGAACCGUACGAUUAGAAAUGAAAAAAAAAACAAAACCAUUAGGCUAUCAAUAAUUAUUCUUCAUUAUUCACAAUUCAAUUGUAUGGGAUUCGCAUCUUAUGUUAGUGUUUUUGUCAUAAAGAUAAAAAACUCUAAUCAAAACAUUAUUUAUAUUUAUUACUUAUUUAUAAUUCAAUUUGGGUUAGAUUUUUCAUUUUGUGUCUUGAAUCUUGAGUAUAUAGAGGUGCGUACAGAUAUACACGCGCCGCGAACAUGAACAA